AUGAAAUCUGAUGACAUCGCUACGCUUCAUUUAUUUCCUACAACGCUAUCAUUCGCUGGGUGGACCUCCACUUCUGGCACCGAGCCCAUUCUGGAAUCCGUGCUUGUUCUCACUUCUCUCAGCAUUUCCCGAUCCAACGCUCCCGACGAUUCCACUGCCCAACUCACAGCCAUCCUUCAGCUCAACCACUUUUUUGAAUUUCCUCAACUGAUAGAAAACGCACCCGAAUGCUUCUCACAGUCUAGUGAAUGCUCACAGACAACAGAAUCCGGCACAUCUACUCCUGGCAAUUCACUUCCGGAGCUACAACUUAAAGUCGAGAAUUCGUCGAGGGCGACCACAACAGGACAUUCGCUGACGACGACGAUCCAAAUAGUCAAAAACGGCGACACCCGUCGACUCUACGCGAGGCAAUACAGAGCUCAGAUGCGUCACAAAGUCGACGAAGUGAAAGUACUGAGGGCAAAACUCGACGAAAUGCGACGUACUGUGGAGAAAUUGGAAGCGGCAUUGGAAAGUGAACGGCGAGAACAUCAACGAGAACAUCAACAUAAAGCCGUUUUGCUCAACUCAAUGAUUCAAUCAAAACUGAUCCCCUGA